UAAUGCCUCAUUUGAUGUGAAAAGUACCCUGCCUGCUACUUGAUUCAAUUUGAGUCUUCAUCAAUACUUGUUCAGUUGCCUGAGCUGUAGUCAUGCUGUUCAUAAGUCAGAGAGAAGGAUGUACAAGCAAUCAUCCAUUUUUGCAUAUUUGAGGCAUUUGAGUUAAAAUUUUGAUAUUAGUAGCAGAAUUACAUGCAUAAUUGAAGCAUCAUCUUUUAAUCAUAUUAGGUAGGUUCUUAAUGUUGUUUUCACAUAGUUGUGUAUUAUACAGUGAAUUUGUAGAUGUAGAAAUUUCAUACUUAGAAUUAACUUUAUAUAUAUGUAUAAAGAAUAUGGUUAUGAGAUAUGGAUUGAACAUCGACUUGAUUAAGUUGGAUAUUGGUGGAACAAGUGGAUCAAUCAGUUGGACUGUAAGAUUAAUAAAGUUUUCUAAAAUUAACAUAUAAUUAAAUAUUAUGAUAAAAAAAAUAAAACAUAUGAUAAUAUUAUUGAGAUAAUAAUGAAUAUAUUUUAUGAUAAAUGACUUAAAUAUCCAUAAGAAAAUUCAGAUAUCUUUGAUGGUAGAUAAAAAAAUAUUUUAAUAUUGAAGAGAGAAGAAAGGACAAGGAGAAAAAUAAUGGGAGAUUGUAGGUCUAAUCACCAAAGUUUCACAACAGUAACCUACUUGUGGAAUCAUAAUCUUCAUAGCUCUGGUUUGGCAACUGGUUUGGCAAUCAACCUGUGGAUCCCAAGUUAAUGUGUUCAUCCCAGACUGUGUUGAGCUUAUCCUAGUUUGACUUGUGAAUGUGGAUUUAAAUUACUACAUUUUAUGAUAAUAUUAAUGCACUACUACAUUUUAUAUAAUGAACAAUAUAUUCUCUAUAAUAAAUUUAAAUUUGGAUUACUAUAUUACGGUAUCAGAUUAUAUAAUAGGAUAUCAAUUUUUUAGUUGGUACCGGAUGAUGUAGGUCGAUGUAUCGCCCGAUAUAAAGAUACCAUCAUACCAUAUCGACAUGAUAAAUUAUUGAAAUAGGUAUCUAUUUUUUUCCUUGUUUAAACCAAAUUAAAAUGUAUUAUGUCAACAUCAUCGAUAAUAAUAAAAGAAUAAAGAGCAAAGGAGGGGGACUAAUCUAGUAACUUGCAAGGUGCAUGCAAAAUGUGUGGCCUUCUCUUGUUUCAGUUGUAUGAAUUCAAGCCUAUUUAUAGCUGUGGUGUAGGAAUUCAAGCCUCUUUCAUUUGGUGCAAUCAUUCACUAAUUUGCAACCACAGCUGCCAAUGGCCACCAGACACUAAUUCUCCACAAACAAUGCAUGGAAAGCCAAAAAAGAAAGAACCAAAAGAGCAAAUGCAAACACAUAGGAAGAUUAGAUUUAUUGUUUAGAUCAACCUAAUAUUCGUUUAAUUAUCAGAAUGUAAUCUUAAUCUAUUCAUAAGGUUGGUAUGAGUCUUCGGAAUUAGUUUUCAGAAGCAAUUUUGUUCUGCUUAACAUCUAGAAUUGAUGAAGUGCUGUGUGCACAGUAAAAUGAUCUGUUGUUAGCAUCUAAUGCACACACAUAUAUAUAUUUUUUGUAUACAAUGUAAGCCAAGAAAAUAUAAUUUGGGGAUAUAUAACAAUUUUAUAAUUGAUAGUUCACAUUUUAUGUGGGAUUAAUAUAAUCAUAGUAUCAUAGUGAAACUAACAGUGCUUCAAUAUGUUACCUUAUAGAAUGUAUAUUUAUUACAUAUACACUAGCUUUCAAUGAAACCUUACACCCUUGUUCUUAUAGUGGAACAUUUGCAUUGGCCUAUAUAUAGUCUAUUAUUCUCACUACCUUCUCAGAUAAAUACAUUGCUGUUGUCCCAUCUCUCUCUCUCUCUCUCUCUCUCUCUGCGACUGAGGAGGAGGAAGAGACGAUGGGUGCGUUUGAUCACCUCUCGGAUUUUUGCAGUGUCACAGAGACAAGGAGAGCAUUGCAAAUAAGGAAAAGGAAGCCGCUACAGACUGUCGAUCUGAAGGUGAAGAUGGACUGUGAUGGCUGUGAAAGGAGAGUAAAGCACGCUGUGAGCUCAAUCAGAGCUUGCACAGAAGAGAGUGAACUCCAUUCAAUCGGAUGUAUAUGGAUCGCUGUUUCUGGUAGGAGCACUGACAUACAUCAUCGAAACUGGUGGUCAGGUGUGACGAACGUGAACGUGAACCGAAAGCAGAGCAGGGUGACGGUCACCGGCCACAUCGAGGCAAAGGAAGUGGUGAGGAAGAUAAAGAGCACCGGAAAGAGGGCGGAGGCUUGGCCUUACGUCCCCUACAGCUUGGUUGCGUAUCCUUACGUCGCCGGCGCCUACGACAAGAAGGCCCCAGCAGGCUUCGUUCGGAACGUGGCGCAGGCGGUGGCGAGCCCCAGUGCGCCGGAGGAGAAGAUCUCGUCGCUCUUCAGCGAAGAGAACCCGAACGCAUGCACUGUGAUGUGAAUGAACUCACGUACUGUUGUUAUCUUCUUGGAUUAGUAUGCACGUAAAUAGGGAUGCAGGUAUGUAUAUAUCCAUGCGUACGUAUGUAGACCACAUAUCGUAUCUCUGCAUUAACUGUUAGGAUGAUUUGAUGUGAGGAGAACCCAUGCAUGCAUGUCUCUCUUCGUAUUAUAAUAGUAUGAUCACCUUUUGCUAUU